CGCGCGCGCGCGUUCCUCGUCAGCAGCCGACAUGGCGCUCGCUGGGCUCGCGCUGCGCGGCGCUGCUGCGGCGGCGUCGAGACCUCGGCCGCGGCUACGUUUCGCGACGGGGCCUCUGGGCCGCAGGCACGCGGCGCAUUUCACUUUCCAGCCGGACCCAGAGCCCACCCAGUAUGGCCAGACACAGAAAAUGAACCUUUUCCAGUCCAUUACAAGUGCCUUGGAUAAUGCCUUGUCGAAAGAUCCAACAGCAGUAAUAUUUGGUGAAGAUGUAUCCUUUGGGGGAGUCUUUAGGUGCACUCUUGGCUUGAGAGACAAAUAUGGUAAAGACAGAGUGUUCAAUACUCCUUUAUGCGAACAAGGAAUUGUAGGAUUUGGCAUUGGAGUUGCAGUAACUGGUGCUACAGCCAUUGCAGAAAUUCAGUUUGCUGACUAUAUCUACCCUGCCUUUGAUCAGAUUGUUAAUGAGGCGGCAAAGUAUCGGUAUCGCUCUGGAAAUCUCUUUGAUUGUGGAAGCCUCACUAUAAGAGCCCCUUGGGGUUGUGUGGGUCAUGGUGCAUUAUAUCACUCUCAAAGCCCUGAAGCCUUUUUUGCUCAUUGUCCAGGACUAAAGGUUGUUGUUCCAAGAGGUCCUGUAGAAGCCAAAGGACUGUUGCUAUCAUGCAUAGAAGAUAAAAACCCUUGUAUAUUCUUUGAACCUAAAAUACUGUACAGAGCAGCAGUGGAGCAAGUCCCUGUGGAGCCAUACUACAUUCCACUCUCUCAAGCAGAAGUCCUUCAGAAUGGAAGUGAUGUAACACUGGUGGCCUGGGGUACGCAGGUUCAUGUUAUUAAAGAGGUAGCAGUUAUGGCUCAAGAAAAGCUUGGUGUGUCCUGUGAAGUAAUUGAUCUGAAGACUAUUCUGCCUUGGGAUGCAGAGACUAUAUGCAAGUCGGUGGCAAAGACUGGACGGUUGCUGAUUAGCCAUGAAGCCCCUAUUACAGGAGGUUUUGCAUCAGAAAUUAGUUCAACGGUUCAGGAGGAAUGUUUCUUGAACCUAGAAGCACCUAUUUCAAGAGUGUGUGGUUAUGACACUCCAUUUCCUCACAUAUUUGAGCCAUUCUAUAUCCCAGACAAAUGGAAAUGCUAUGAUGCACUUCGGAAAAUGAUUAAUUAUUGAUCAUGCAGAAACAACCUCUGUUAGACAUUCUCUGCUUCUACAAAGGUGAGAAGAACAAGAAGAAAAAGCAGUUGCUGUUGGUGGAACUAUUAGCAUAAAAUUGAGAUCUUUCAAAAAUUGUAGAGGAGAACUAAGUGAGAUUAUUUUCUCAAAUGCAUUGAUUUGGAUACUCAUCUUGGCUAUUCAUCAAAAGCUCAACAUUUCUGCCAGCUGUGCAUUCAAGAAUGGGCAGGUGAUUGCCGUGAAACAUUGGCUGUGAUUCUCUUUCCCCGCUCCCCAUUCUGAAUGUGACAAAACUUCUAAAAUGUUUUACCCUAUAAAUGAUGUAUUGGGUUGAUAGAGGCUUGUAUCCAACAUUGCUGUUCCACUAGCACAAAAGACUUCUGUUUGUGCAAUAGAAUUUACUCCUCCUCUCCCUUUUAGCUCCUUGUGCACCCCCAAAAUCUCCAGAGGGUUGGGGGUCCUUUGGCGCAGAUUUGCAGGAAGAUGAAAGGAAGUGGGAUUCUCAUAGCGGACCAUUGCCCACACAUCAUUAGAUACAGCCCACUAAUCAGGAAGCAUUUGGUAUGCUUUUUUGUGUGCCUUACUAGAUAGAUCUUUUUACUUUGAUUUCACAACAGACUUAUUUGUGUUUCAACUAAAACUGGCAGUGGUUUUACACUUGGACAUUUUCUUUUAUUUAUUUUUAGAUCUCAUUAUAUCAGUGGCAUAAACUGUCAGUUCUUUGAAAAAGCCAGGUGUCCUAAAGUUAGAAUCAAAAGCUACUCUUUGAUCCAAAAUUAAAAACAAACAUAAUUCUCAAAUCAGUUUGCUUGCUCAAGGCUUUUGUUAAAAAACGUGGGUUGGCAGAACUGAUGAAGAAGCAUCUGCUGCCAUGGAGUUAUGAAAAUAUAUAAUUAAUACCAGUAAUUUCACAGAAACACUACUGUGAGUCUGAGACUCAUUAGGUAUUUCUACACGAGUAUGAAAGUUAGAUAUUGCAUUAUGAUUUUAUUUUGAAUGCAAAGCAAAAAUGUUAACCUUGAAUAUAAUAACUGUAUCAUUAGAGAAAAAUGUGCAUUUUUCUAAAUGGGUUUAUCUCAGCACCCCAAAGCAUUGCAUUUACUUACUAACACAUUGUGUAGACCAAGAUAACCUUUUACAUUUUUAAUGCAUUUUAAAACAGGUAUAGAUUCAUAACAUGGAUGGGUGGAAUUCUUCAGUUUCUGUGCUGCUCUCACAGCCUUGUCUAGAUGGCAGUGUGCACCUAUUCAGCCUGGAUAAAUGCCUUUAAAAGUGUUUACCAUACAAAAACAGAUACUUGUAAAUGUGAAAAUUGUACAUGCUUUUUGCCAAAAUGCAGCACAUGACAAUGAAAUACUCAGUUAAAAAGUCACAAAUGAAAUGUAUCUUCAUUAGUAUCGGGCAUAUGAUACCCUGGACCUCUAAGCAUUUUGAAAGGUAACAUUUUUAUGUAAGUUAACAUAAGGAAUGUUUAUGUUAACUAUGUUUAAACAUUAGCUUUUAAAAUAAAAUGUAAGAUUGUU